AUGUCUGCUAUAUUUAGCACAAACUUUUUCCAUUGUGAAGAAGUAAUGGUUUCCGACAAGGUCUAUAAAGAACCUGCUGAUCUAGUUCGAAACUGCAACCAAACUUACUUGCAAGCUGCAGAUCCCAUCACUAACUAUGAUAGGAUAGGCAAAAUAUCGGGAUUUCUUGAAGAGAGAAUCAAGAAACUCUGGAGUAAAACGCGAGAGGGAACAUCCCCCUACAGACACCCCCUGCAAUUGACCCACCACCGGGCGCGUUACGUCAAAGCAUCCUCUCAGGAGUCGCGAGUUACGCGGAAGUUGGACCCGCGCGAUUUCGUCGCGUCCGCGGAGUUCGCUACUCAUCAACUUCGUCACCACGAAAUCAUCAACAGCAGUCGCAGCAGGAUCACAACCGCUACCGGCAACAGCACCACCAUCAUCACCAUCAUCAUCUACCACCGCCACCAGACUCGAGCACCAGUGGCAUCGUCGUACCCACCACUACCCGGCGUUACUGCCACCACUGGCCGCUGUUUCAACGCCUCCUGCCUUGCCGGCGGCGUAGUGUCUUCGAACACAGCAUGCGUAUCGUGCUGCGAAGGUUUGGCGAGUCUCGCGGUGCGUCAAACGAGAAACGUGUCUGUUGUGUGUCGACGUCGACGCCGGCGUCGUCGUCGAGACGUGAGAACAACGUGUGGGUCAAGGGAGUCCGGACUGAAGGGUCCCGCAGAGACCGAAAAAUCGCUUCUUCCUAGGCUCUCGAGUUUUAACGCACGCAUCGUGUGCGUGUGUGUGUUUGUGUGCGUGCGUGCGUGCGUGCGUGUGGGAAACAGAUCGUACAAAUCAACCGCCUUCAAACAAGCCACAUAACCUCAAGUGAUUUCUAUUUUCUUACGAAGCGCGAAAGAAAUAUGUAAUUAGUAUGUUUAUAUUGACGUAAAGGAAGACGAUUAAAAAAAUAAAAGAAGAAAAGAAAAUAUUCCAAGAGCUUAGGUUCAGAAGAAGACAAAAGAUUAAGAGCUAUAUUAUCUAAUAAGUGUACAAAGUAUAUCUAACGAAGAAAGAGGAAAGAGAAGAAAUAAGAAAAAGAACAGAUAAAAAUAAAAACAACUCCGCCAGUGCCAAAUCGAGGAAGAAAGCAAGGUGAAAGUGAUCGAUGUAACAGAGAGAAAAAGCGAAAAAGAGUAGCAUAGAGUUAGAGCAAGAUUUAUUUUAUCUCGGAAUAAAAGGAAAAUAACUCUUUAGAGAUACGCAGUGUUAUCUACAAAUUUGCUUCAGAAACAAACGAACAAGUGCAAACGUACUAAAAAGAAUAGAAGGAAGGAAAGAGAAAGAGCAACAGACAAAGUAAUCCAGUGCGAGAGCAGGACCGUAAACCAAAGAAUCUACCAUUUUUUUCUAUUCAUUGAAUAACAUAACAUAAUCUCUCGUCAGGUGAAAUAAUAGUGAGACACACACCGAUUCCUUCGUCAGAGCCGAUUAAGCGAGCCGGCGCAAUUUUUUAGAGGUUUAUAGAAAUAUAACCAUAAAAUAAGUGCAUUUUUUAAAAAAACUGGACGCGUCACGUGACAGAUUUUCGCCAAGCGAAAGGAAGAAGAAGCAGACAAAGGGAGGAAUCAACCAGAUGCGCUUGAACACUCCCAGAGCAACCGAUCUACUUCAGUUCGUAGCCUAAACCUGUUGAGUACAAAAAGACACAGAGCUAGAGAUAUAGAUAGAGAGACAGGAAGAUAAAGGAGGAAGAGAGUGAGAAGCUGAGUGCGCGAAAAACAAAGGUGUGAAAGAAAACGAGAGCGUAAAAGACUACGUGCGAGGUUAGCCGAAAUCGCGCGACAUCGAAGAAACUUGUACUUCAGGACGAGAGGAUACACGGCGAAUGUCAAUCCACGUCGUCUCCAAGUCGGAUCUGUAGGAUCCAGCUUGCGUCCAAUGUCGCGUGCGAGAGUUUCGUUCGUCAUCCGCUCGAAGAAGACAAUCCCCAGAUAAUCCCCGGCCCAAGUAGAGGAAGUCCGGUGACCGCGAAAACGCGAGAGGAUAUACGCGCGAUCUCAGGAGGAUCCCUCGAUAAGAGGAAGAGGAAGAAGAAGAAAAAGAAAAAGAA